AUGUCGCCUCCUAUGUCUCCUAUGAAGCCACCCAAGGGCUUUGCCCCUAUGUCCUGCUGCUGGUCCACUGAGACCAUGCAGAAGUGGCUACCUUUCCUGGGCUGGCUGCCUGACUACACCUGGUAUGCCCUGAAGAUGGACUUCAUCGCUGGGAUCUCAGUCGGGCUCACAGUCAUUCCCCAGGCACUGGCCUAUGCCGAGGUGGCUGGACUCCCUCCCCAGUACGGCCUCUACUCUGCCUUCAUGGGGUGCUUCGUAUAUUUCUUUCUGGGUACCUCCCGAGAUGUGACACUGGGCCCCACGGCCAUCAUGUCCCUCCUGGUCUCCUUCUACACCUUCCACGAGCCUGCGUACGCUGUGCUGCUGGCCUUUCUGUCAGGCUGCAUCCAGUUAGGCAUGGGGUUCCUGCGCUUAGGGCUCCUGCUGGACUUCAUCUCCUGUCCCGUCAUUAAGGGUUUCACCUCGGCCGCUGCCAUCAUCAUCGGCUUCGGGCAGAUCAAGAACCUGCUGGGACUGCAGCACAUCCCCAGGCAGUUUUUCCUGCAAGUGUAUUACACUUUCCACAACAUCGGAGAGACCAGGGUGGGCGAUGCGGUGCUGGGGCUGGUCUGCAUGGUGCUGCUGCUGGUGCUGAAGCUGAUGCGGGACCACGUGCCUCCUGUCCAUCCCGAGAUGCCCACUGGAGUGCGGCUCAGCCACGGGCUGGUUUGGACUGCCACCACAGCUCGCAAUGCCCUGGUGGUCUCUUUUGCUGCCUUGGUCGCAUACUCCUUCCAGGUGACCGGAUACCAACCUUUUGUUCUAACUGGGAAGACACCCGAGGGACUCCCCGAUGCCCACAUCCCUCCCUUCUCAGUGACCACUGCCAACGGGACAGUCUCCUUCACCGAGAUGGUACAGGGAAUGGGGGCCGGGCUGGUCGUAGUACCCCUGAUGGGUCUCCUGGAGAGCAUCGCAGUGGCCAAAUCCUUUGCUUCUCAAAAUAAUUACCGAAUUAACUCCAACCAGGAGCUGCUGGCCAUUGGCUUAACCAACAUCCUGGGCUCCCUCUUCUCCUCCUACCCGGUCACAGGCAGCUUUGGACGGACGGCUGUGAAUGCCCAGUCGGGAGUGUGCACCCCAGCAGGGGGCCUGAUGACGGGAGCCCUGGUGUUGCUGUCGCUGGACUACCUGACCUCGCUUUUCUACUAUAUCCCCAAGUCUGCCCUGGCUGCUGUCAUUAUCAUGGCUGUGGUCCCCCUGUUCGACACCAAGAUCGUGAGGACACUCUGGCGAGUGAAGAGGCUGGACCUGUUGCCCCUCUGCGUGACAUUCCUGCUCUGUUUCUGGGAAGUCCAGUAUGGCAUCCUGGCAGGCACCCUGGUGUCCGUGCUGAUUCUCCUGCACUCCGUGGCCAGACCCAAAAUACAGGUGUCAGAGGGUCCGAUGCUAGUCUUGCAGCCAGCGAGCGGCCUGCACUUCCCUGCGAUCGAGACCCUCCGAGAGGCGUUACUGAGCCGGGCUUUGGAAACAUCCCCGCCGCGCUCCGUGGCCCUGGACUGCACCCACAUCUGCAGCAUGGACUACACGGUGGUACUGGGGCUCGGGGAGCUCCUGGAGGACUUCCACAAGCGGGGCACCACCCUUGCCCUCGUUGGCCUGCAGGUCCCUGUUCUCCGUGUCCUGCUGUCCGCUGACCUGAAGGGAGUCCUGUACUUCUGCACCCUGGAAGAGGCAGAGAAAUACCUGAAGCAAGAACCAGGGACCCAGCCCUACAAUGGCAGCGAAGACUCUGUUCCGGAACACAAGAUUGCCCUGCUGAAGGCCUGA